CUUAUAUAAAGCGAAGAGCAUAUCAAGAAAGCAAACAAACGUCAAAAACAACCCGUUUCGCUGAUUUUUCUUGCAAUUAUUGCCUCAGAAUUACAUCGUAUCAGAUGCCAGAUCCUCAUAAACGAACAUUUUCCGAGAAAAAGCGACAAAGCGAUAGCUCAGUACAAUCAGGAUGGCAGCAGCUCGGGAAUCCAUUUCUUUAAAUUUCCAAUGAAGACUCCUCAGCGAAAUAGAUGGUGCAACUUAAUAAAACGCCAGCAUGGUCGGGUUGGAUUUGCAGUCAGUAAUUUCACAUUCAUAUGUGAAAAACAUUUCAAGCCACAAGAAAUAUACAAGCCGCCUGGGGGUACGAGAAGACGACUCAAAACAGGAGUUGAACCAACAAUUUUCAAAUGGCAAAGUAAUUCCCCGAAGACAAAACGACGUUCCCCUAGACGAAGACUAGAAACUGAGCUUAAGGCAGUUCCCCUGAAACCAACCACUACAGAACGUUUCACUGCAAAUAAUGAUCAAGAAUGUCAAGUGGCCACAAUGUUUGACCAACAUAUUGCUAUUGGAACAAGUGAAGAUACCAUGGAGUGCUUUGACAACAUAGAGUAUUAUGAAUAUACACAGGUUCCAGCUUUCAAAGAAGAGAUAGCAGUUCAAACACACUUAUCAAAUACAGAAGAUAAAGCAGUGCAAACAGAUGAAUCAGAUCACACAGAAUCAACUACGAGUAUAGACCACUCAUAUUCAUUUCCAUUUUGCACAGCCAAAACAUAUGCUGAGCAAAAAGGUUAUGUUCGGAGACUUGAAGCUAAAAUUGAGGAUCAAACUAAUAUCAUCAAUCAACUAAGAUGUGACAUUGGUAAUUUACAAAAGAAACUCAAUGGAUACGAUGAACAUAAAUUCAGUCUGGAGAAGUACAAAGAUGAUAACAGUGCUAUUCAGUUUUACACAGGUUUUCCCAAUUUUGAAGCCUUAAUCUCUGUUUUUGAUUACCUGGAACCAAAAGUAAACAAACUUCAAUACUGGGGAAGUAAGAAGAUUUCUGAAAGCAGGGCUUAUCAACAAGAUGGAAAACAAAAACCUGGUCCCAAAAGAAACCUAACUGCUUUUGAAGGAUUUUCAAUGGUUCUAGUGAGACUUAAGAUUGGUCUUUUUGUACGAGAUCUCUCAGAUAGAUUUGGCAUUUCACAAGGUCACUUUUCUAAGAUAUUUAGCACAUGGGUUAAUUUUUUGUUUUUGGAACUCAGACAAUUGUUUCCCUUCCCAACUCAAGCCAAUGUAUUCAAAAACAUGCCUGUGCAGUUCUCACGUUACCCUAAAACACGUGUCAUCAUCGACUGUACAGAAGUCUUUGUUGAGGUGCCAUCAGCAAUGCAAGCCCAAUCAGAAACCUGGUCUAAUUAUAAACACCACAACACCUUUAAGGUUUUAGUAUGUAUUUCUCCUAAUGGCCAGGUAACUUUUUUGUCAAAACUAUGGGGUGGGCGAGUAUCAGAUAAAUGUAUUACACAAAAUUCAGGUCUUUUAGAACUCCUUGAUAAAGGUGACAAUGUAAUGGCUGAUAGGGGUUUCGACAUAGCUGACAUUUUGCCCCCUGGAGUAUCUCUCAACCUUCCACCAUUUAAGGGCACUAGGGACCAACUUACAGCAUCAGAAGUAGAAGAAACAGCUAGAAUAGCUGCAGUGAGAAUACAUGUGGAAAGGGCAAUAGGGAGAAUCAAAAAUUAUCAUAUCCUUGAUGGAACUUUACCAAUAAGUCUAGCACAUGUAGCAAACCAGAUUUUUAGUGUGUGUGCAUACUUAACAAAUUUCUUACCACCUCUUCUGCCUCCAGGCAAGAAAGAUUAGAUUUAUUCUUAACCAGUCCAACUGAAACAACAUUUUAAUCUUUAGUUGACUAUAGACUAAGUAACUAGAUAUACUAUUUUCAAGAAUGUGUUUGUUAAACUAUCACAAACAUAGCAUAUCAUUUUUGGUUUCCCAGGUGAAUAUUGCCUUUACUCUAUUAAAUAUUUGUCAGAAAAAUUGAUGGAAUUUCUGGUUAAAAAUUUAAAAAAAUUAACAAGCUGAAAUCUUGGCACUCAUGCUUGGUGGACUAUUAUAUUAGUAUUUUAAUUUAUAUAUUGAUAAAAAUUUAUUGAUGACGUCU